CGUGCAGGAUCGUGUUGCGAGCAUGGCCUUCAACUACCCGGUUGCCAGGAGGGACGAGAGCGUCGUGGACGAUUUCCACGGCACCAAGGUCACGGAUCCCUACCGUUGGCUCGAGGAUCCCGAAUCGGCCGAGUGCAAGGAGUUCGUAGAAAAGCAGAACGCCAUUACCCAGCCGUACCUGGAAAACUUCAAUUACAGGGAGGAAAUCAAGAGCCGCCUCACGCAGCUCACGAACUUUCCAAGAUACUCGUGUCCCUCGCGCCAUGGCGACCGCUACUACUUCUACAAUAACUCCGGCCUCCAGAAUCAGAACGUGCUGUACGUGCAGGAUGAUUUACACGGCGAGGCCUCCGUGUUUUUCGACCCGAACGAGCUGUCCGAAGAUGGCACAGUGGCGCUGACUGACACUGAGUUUUCCGAGGACGGCAAAACCAUGAGUUACUGCCUGAGCAAAAGCGGCUCAGACUGGAACACCAUCCACUUUAGAGACGCCGAAACAGGGCGUGAUUAUCCGGAGGUGCUGGAAAAUGUCAAGUUUUCCCCGAUGCUGUGGUCGCAUGACAACAAAGGAAUAUUCUAUGCAAUAUAUCCGGAACAGCAGGGAAAAGCAGACGGCUCCGAGACAGAUUCAACGUUGUACCAAAAGCUGUACUACCACAGGCUCAACACCCCACAGUCGGAGGACGUUUUGGUCGCCGAGUUCCCCGACGAGCCGCGUUUCAGAAUAGGUGCUUGUGUGAGCGACUGCGGCAAUUACCUGAUCAUCUUGCCAGCGAAGGAAUGCAAGGAUAAUUUGGUGUACUUUGCCGAGAUCGGCUCUCUACCUGAUGGACCUCAAGGAUUGCUGCCUCUCACCCAAAUCGUGCACAAAUUGGACUCUGACUAUAAGUACGUGACAAACGUGGGGUCCAAGUGCAUCUUCCGGACAAACAAGGACGCACCCAACUACCGUUUGGUUACCAUCGACCUGGAAAAUCCGAACAUGGACCAGUGGAGGACCCUGGUGGCUGAGCACCCGAAGGACGUGCUCGACUGGGCCGUCCUCUCGAACAAAGACAAACUCGUCGUUCGCUACAUCCACGACGUCACGAGCUUGCUGCAAAUCCGAGAUUUAGCCACGGGAAAUCUGAUCACGCAGCUGCCCCUGGACCUCGGCACAGUGUACAACGUGUCUGCAAAUAGGAAGUACCCAGAGUUAUUUUUCAGCUUCUCCUCGUUCCUCACGCCGGGAGUGAUUUACAUGUGUGACAUGUCAAAGCCUAUCAUUGAGCCUGUGGUAAGGAGUUAUUUCGAGAAAAAUCUGAAGGACUUCGACGCCUCGUCCUACAUGACGGAGCAGGUGUUCUUCUCGAGCAAGGACGGUACCAAGGUGCCCAUGUUCAUCGUGCGCAAGAAGGACUUGAAGAAGGACGGCAGCAGUCCAUGCCUGCUGUAUGGAUACGGCGGCUUCAACGUCAGCCUUACGCCCUGCUUCAGCGUCAUGAGACUGGUCUUCAUGCAGCAUUUCGACGGAGUCUUCGUCUAUGCCAACAUCAGGGGCGGAGGAGAGUACGGUGAGUCGUGGCACAACGCUGGCCGACUGUUGAACAAGCAGAACGGUCUGGACGACUUCCAGGCCGCGGCCGAGUACCUGAUCUCGGAGGGCUACACGAGCAGCCCCCGUCUGACGAUCCAGGGUGGCUCGAACGGCGGCCUGCUGGUGGCGGCGUGCAUCAACCAGCGGCCGGAGCUCUUCGGCGCCGCCAUCGCGGAGGUCGGCGUCCUCGACUUGCUGCGCUUCCACAAGUUCACAAUCGGCCACGCCUGGGUGUCCGACUACGGCAGCCCUGACGACCCUGAUCACUUCCCCAACCUGCUGGCCAUCUCGCCGCUGCACAACGUCAAGUUGCCGUUGGAAGAAGACGUACCGAGGCAGUAUCCGGCCACGCUGCUACUCACCGCCGACCACGACGACCGCGUCGUGCCCCUCCACUCUCUCAAGUUCAUCGCCCAGCUGCAGCACACCCUGCGCAACCACCCUGACCAGACGAAUCCGCUGCUCAUCAAGGUAGAGACCAAGGCUGGACAUGGCGGCGGCAAGCCCACCACCAAAUGGAUUGAAGAGCACACGGACGUUCUCUCAUUCAUCGGGCGUUCUCUGAACAUCCAGUGCGUUUUCUGAGUCACAAAAAGC